AUGCAACCCGAAUACCAGAUCUCGAACUUUCAGUUCAACAAGACGACUAUAUCAUCUGGGGAGGGAGCACUGGCGCGCUUUCAGCUUGAUGAUGUCGUGAACGGUGCUUCGAUGUCAUGUGCAACGCCGUACCUACAGGACCCCGACAGCUUAAUGUGGAACGACUGUGAGCCAGCCGAAGACGCAGUCAAUGCGAAGACGUCAUUCCAGUAUGACUCUGCAGCGAACCAAGUUAAUAUCAGUCAAGCUUGGGUGUGCGAGCAAGGGAACCAGACUUUUCCACAUCCGUACUUCUCCGAUGUUAGCAUCAGUCUGCCAGAUCUGGACUGCAUCGAGGGUACUGCCACAGUGUGCACCGCACCAGAAGAGACGGGAUCAGAAGGACGCAUCGGUCUAAUCAGCUCGACCCUGGGCGGCGAUAUCGGGAGGUUGAACGGGCUGCAUGGUCUCGUCAUCGAUGCCCUGUUGAGCGUUCGCAUCGUCACGGCCUCGGGCGAAGCGGUAGUAGCCUCCACGACGGAGAACAGCGACUUAUUCUGGGGAAUCCGAGGCGCGGGUUUCGAUUUCGGCAUCAUCGUUUCCGCGACGUACCAGGUGUAUGACCUUUCCAAGGGAGGUGAGGUCAUGAACGCGGACUUUCUCUUUUCGAUCAAUGAGACAGCAGCCGUGCUCGACUACUUCAAAUCCAUGGAAACGGCUAUUCCAGCUGAACUGUCCCUGAUAUUUCAUGUGGGCUACAAAGAUAGCCUUGGCGGUGCAUACGCAGUUGUCAACGCCGUGUAUUUCGGCCCACUGGACGAUGGCACGCCACUUGUCGGACCAUUAGUCGACGCUGGUCCCAUACAAUAUAAUAUCUCUAUGGUUGCCUAUCGGGACCUCCUUUCCAGUACCUUCUUUGGGGCUGUGCCUACGUCCGCCCCUUGCUCGAAGGACACGCUGAAGAAUGUUUACGGGCUGGGUCUCAAAAAUUACGAUUUUGCUUUAUUCCAGAGCUUUCUGUCAAACCUGACCGAACUCUACGCAACUUACCCCGACUCCGCGACACCGUGUUUUAUCUUGAAGCCUUCCCAAUGCAGGCUGCUCGCGCUGUGCCAGACAACAGCACGGCGUAUCCGCACCGUGACAUCAACGGACACCUACAGGUCGCUAGAUGAUAUGGUCAAUGAGUUCGCCGUCAACGCUCGUGCAAGAUUCGCAGCCACUAGUGGGUUUGGGGAUAUCAAGACCUAUGUCAGCUACGGUCACGGCGACGAAACUCCUGCGCAGCUCUACGGAGAUGAACAGUUGGCGCAGCUUCGAGAGUUGAAGUCGACGUGGGACCCAAGCAAGCUUUUUAACUUCAACGAACCGCUAGAUAAAUAG